AUGCCCGAGACAACCUUCACACUUCCCGAUACUAUGACCUCCUGGCCAUGGCCUAGGCGUGUCAACCCCCAUCUCGAGAGCGUUGGCAAGGAAGCGACAGAGUGGUUCCACAGCUUCUCGCUAUUCAACCCCAAGUCGUUAGCUGCAUUUGAUAGAUGCGACCCGUCGCUCGCGGGUCCACAGCUUGACGAGGCUCACUUUCGGAUGGAGUGUGAUAUUAUGUUCUGGGCCUUCGCCGUGGACGAGUACACAGACGUCGAGAGCGCAUCAAUUGUCCGAGAAAUGUCGUACAUUAUGAUGGAUGCCCUUGAGCAUCCUCAUGAGCCGAGGCCAGAGGGAGAGGUUCGUCUGGGAGAACUGACGCGACAGUUCUGGGCGCGAGCUAUAAAAAUCACAACACCCGAAGCGCAGCGACACUUCAUUCACAAUGUUGCACUGUUCUUUGAAAGCCUCGUCACGCAGGCAGCAGACAGAGACGCCGAUGUCUGCAGGAGCAUUUCCGAUUACCUCAUCGUGCGACGAAACAAUGUCGGUAUCCGCGGAUCCUUCGCACCGGCUGAGGCAUCGUUGAGCAUACCCGAUGACGUCUUCCUUCAUCCGGCCCUUCAGACGUUGUCAGAUUCCAUUGUAGAGCUCGUACUCAUUGACAAUGAUAUGGUUUCGUACAACCGUGAGCAGGCGACUGGCGAUGAGAACCACAACCUCAUCACUGUCGUGCGUCGCGAGCUCGGAUGCAGCCUUAACGACGCGUUUGCUUGGGCAGCAAGCUACCACGCUGAGGUACAGGAGCUUUUUCACGCUGGCAUGGAGAGUUUACCAUCAUGGGGGCCUCGGAUGGACAACCAGGUGAGACAGUACAUAGAAGGAAUGGCGUAUUGGGUGCGGGGCAGCCACGCAUGGAGCUACGAGAGCCCGAGAUAUUUUGGUUCGAGAGGACCCGAGAUACAAAAGACGCGGAAGGUUCCGCUCCUCGAUAAAGUCGAGAAGCCGGGAACCAUGGGGAAGGAACAGGACGUCAUCGUGGAUGUGAUAGAUCUUUAA